CCAGAAAUGACCGAGCCACCUGCACAAGGCGCCAACGAUGUUGAGACUGCCACUAGCAGUAGCGUCCCAAACAUCCAAAUUGAGAUAGUGACUGAAGAAGAGAUGGCUUUUAUUGAAGCAGCCUUGGCAGCAACUCGCUCCUGCCUCUCCUCCUCUUCUAUCCCUGCAAUUUUCUCGCCUUCUCGUUCCUCUCUGUUUCAAAAUAAUACGAGGUCUUUCCUCUCAAUUACUUCCCUCUCCAAAAUUGGGGUUCCAGGUGAUCGCAGUGAAUCUGAUAUUGAGGAUUUGAGGAUUACCCAGAAGAAUAAUAGAGUGGCUGAGUCAUUAUUUCAUAGGUUUAGAAAGAGGACGGGUUUGUAUGUCACCGAUAUCACUUCCACGGAAUGGUGCGAAAAACAAAUGGAGUUUGUUCUCCUCAUUGGCGAGAGAAAAAUCAAUAAAGCUAUGAAGACAGGCCAUGAUCGACAUGUAAAACUGGAAGAAGAGGUUGUCAAAAGAGUUAAAGUUAGUGUUAAAUCAGCGGAAGAUGCAUGGGCUUUGAAGUUUAUAAAUUUCAUAACUGGUGCAAAUCAAUUAUUGUUGGAAGGACUAACACGUGAGCUUCCAGUGGUAGGAUUUGCAGGUGGUGUGUGGAUGGUGGGAAUAGUUGAUGAGAUACGAAUGCCUGAGGGAGAAAAUAGAAACCCAAUACUUGUAGACACAAAAACCCGUGUUCGAGACAGCCUUCCUGGUGAACCGCAGAGGAGAAAUGGAAGGCUACAAUUGAUGUGCUAUAAACAUUUGUGGGACAAUUUGGUUGCUGAUAAAUUCUCCUUCAAAGAGUUUUAUGAUUUCUUUUCCUUGAAUCCAUUCUACAUCUUGUCUGAAGAAAUCAGGGAGAACACUGCCAAAGCAGGUAUCCCUGCAAAGACCCUUGAAGACAUAGUGAGAUACUUCAGAAAUAUGUGUAGUAUGCUCCUCCCUGCCGACAACCAGAUGCUAUUGAGAUAUGAAUUGCAAAGAGACAACUCCAUAAUUGGUGAAGAUCGAUUUGCAUAUGAUCCUGAUUGGCUCAACAGUCAAAUUCAGGCUUGCCUCGAAUUCUGGCUGGGUGAAAGAGAAGCCAGUUUCACUUCAGAGGAAGAGCGUUGGAAAUGCCAGUUUUGUCAAUUUGCUUCAGAAUGCCCUACUAACACCAUUUCUGGAACAUCAAGCACUGUAAAGAGCAGUAGCCCUAAUAGUAGUCCAAGCUAGAGGAAAAUGAAAUGCUAACUUCAUUCUUUGACGUUUGAAUCAGCCUCCCCAACAAUUGUUGAGACCUUGAUAUGCAAGUUCCUGCAAGGAAGCUGCAUAUAUAUAUAUAUAUAUAUAUAUAUAUAUAUAUAUAUAUUCACAAGCUUCUGCCAUUAUGUUGGAGUGAUUCUGUUUUAUUGAUGCAAGGAAGUUGUUGUAAGAUGCCACAAUUGAUUGUAAAGUUGAGUUGUUAUUUAAAAAUAUGUUGUAAAAUUCAAUUGUUAUUAUUCAUUAAAAAAAAAACUCUCACUUUGUUUCACCUC